AUGGCGAGCAGGCCUACAAACAGGGUCUCAAAGCCGAAGAAGGGCGGAUCGACUUACAAAAAAUCCAAGGGCGGUCCAGCGUAUAAAGUUUCCUUCGAGGCAGGCGAUGCGGGGGUUUUCAUAACAUGCGAUAUGGGUCGAGAAGGGAAGUGUGCGGGAGAGGUUCUAGAUCUAUUCACGGAGUACUACGAGAAGUCUUCGGGCAACCAGGAUCGCAGUCAAGCAAUCAGUCAUAAUGCGGACGACGAAGACGACGACGACGAUGAUGAUAUCGAGGCUCAGAUCAGGAAGGAAGUUGAGGGCCUGAAACCCAAGUCAUCCAAGCCUCGAUUGUUUCAAAAAGUCACUUCGAACAUGCCUUGCAUUGUUCUCUACCGGGUUGAUAAAUCAAUAGAUCCAGUGAAGCUGGUCCACGACAUAUGUGAGGAUGCAAGAACCAAUCCAGACCAAAGAAAAAGUCGAUGGAUCAAGCGCAUGACUCCCCUUACUCAGAUCCGAAAAGUAUUGAGCGUGGAUUUGGCCGCAUUUGCCAAGGAGGUUCUACAGCCUUAUUUCCACGCAGACGGUGUUCCCAAGAAGUACGCGAUUCGUCCUGCAGUUCGGAACAACAAUACACUCAGCAGAGAUGUCGUCAUACAAACAGUCGCAGCAGCCGUGGGACCGGGUUACAAAGUUGAUCUCAAGAAUCCCGACUACACAAUCGUAGUUGAAAUUGUGCAGAAUGUUAUUGGGAUGAGCGUCGUCGGAAGUGAUUACGACGCGCUCAAACGGUUCAACUUGAUGGAGAUCUAUAGUCCAACCCCAAAGCCGCAACAAAAUCCGGCACCGUGA